AUGAGCGCUGGUAGUAGGGGCGUGGCUGCAUGGUCGCGCAGCAUGCCGGUGUGCUGCGCUGCACAGCAGCACACCGCUGGCGAGGCGAGCACAUCAGGGCGGGACUCGACAGGCAGCAGCGCCGGCAAGCAGACCGGCAGGCAGCUGUUGCAGCAGCAGGGGCGUGCGAAGAAGCAGCGGCUGGAUGACUACUGUCUUGCGCUGCACCCAGAGCACAGCAAAAACCUCAUACAGUCAUGGAUAGUGCAGGGCAAAGUGCUCGUCAACGACAGGGUUGUCACGAAGGCCGGCACGCCCGUGCCCAAAGACGCGACGGUGCGCAUCAACGCGGAGCAGCCGAAGUACGUCUGCCGCGCGGGCCACAAACUGGAAGCGGCCCUGGAGCACUUUGGCGUCGACGUGACGGGGCUGACGGCGCUCGACGCGGGGCUGUCGACGGGCGGCUUCACAGACUGCCUGCUGCAGCGCGGCAUCGCACGGGUGUAUGGUGUUGACGUCGGUUACGGCCAGGUGAUGGGUAGCAUCGCCCAGGAGCCGCGCGUGACGGUGAUGGAGCGGACCAACCUGCGCCACCUCAAGCCGGAGGACCUGCCCACCAGGGUGGACCUGGUUACGCUGGACCUGUCGUUCAUAUCCGUCCUCAAGGUGCUGCCCGCGGUCGUAGGCGUCAUGCGGCCCGAGGGCGCACAGAUGGUUGUGCUCAUAAAGCCGCAGUUCGAGGCGGGGCGCGGCGCCGUCAGCGCGGGGGGCGUCGUGAGGGACCCGAAGGUCCAUGCGGAGGUGAUCGAGCGCAUCACGCGUGGCAUCAGCGCGUACAACCUGCAGCCGCGGGGCGUCAUGGAAAGCCCCCUGAAGGGCGACAAGGGCGGCAACACAGAGUUCCUCGCCCAUUUUGUGCACGACCCUGCGAGCGGACCGCUGCGGCUGGUGCCUGUGGACGCAGCUUCGGUCGUGGCCGUGGGCGAGGGCGGCGACGACGAGCAGGAGCAGGAAGGGAUGGGGGGUGUUGCAGGCAGCGGAGGCGCCGGCAGCAGUAUAAGCAGCGGCAAAGCCACUCUUGUGUAA